GUGGGGUCUUCAUGGACGCUUACUGUUGAGUCCUCGGUUAUCGUUUAGUGGUAAUUUUAAAUAAAUUGUAUGUUAAACAUUUUUAUAGAAAUAGCACAAAAGAGGAAAGAUCAUAGACUUUAAUAUUUUCUGGUUACAAGGUGUGUCGCUGUGUGGUUAAUGUGCUUGUUUUAAAAAUAUAUCGCUAGGCAGUGAGAUCUGCAGUGUUGAGUAGAACCAUGUUAUCGGAUUUUGAUCUGAUCGGAACCAUUGGUGACGGCACUGAUGUACCAGCAGACGAGGAGUCGGGCUCUGAUGAUGAGGAGCAGCCUAUCGUGUUGGUUAAGGAGAAGAAAGCACUGAAAGGAAAAAGCAAUGGUGACUUCAACGCCAACUUUGAGUUUGGAGAGCGAGAUGGACUGUAUAGCGAGGACUGGGCCAUGGCAGAUGUUAUGAGCCAACUUAAAAAGAGAAAAGCACCUACCACGUUGGAUGAGAAGAUUGAGAAAGUGCGUAAGAAGCGCAAAAUGGAGGAGAAAGCUCAGAAAGGGGAUAACAAAAUCGAUACAUUAGUUCCCAAAGAAGAGGAGGAAGGUGAAGAUGACGCUGAAGACGAAGAUGAUGAUGAUGAUGACAAUGACAAUGAGGAUGAUGAUGACAACAAAAGUAUAGACAGUGAGGAUCAGACCCUUAAAGAUGACAAUGGUGGGAAUGAUGACGAUGAUGAAGAAGAUGAGUUUAAUUCAGGGGAUGAAGAAGUCCUUAAAAAAGCAGAUACUUUAAGGGAAAAAGGCAAGAAAGGAAAAAGAAAGGGAGCAGAAGAGCCUGAAGCCUUCUUUGAAGACGCCUCUCAGUACGACGAAAACCUUACAUUCCAGGAUAUGAAUCUGUCGAGACCUCUGCUGAAGGCCAUCACCACCAUGGGCUUUAAGCAGCCCACACCUAUCCAGAAGGCAUGUGUUCCAGUGGGUUUACUGGGGAAGGAUAUUUGCGCUUGUGCUGCUACUGGAACAGGAAAAACUGCAGCAUUCAUGUUGCCUGUACUGGAGCGUCUCCUUUAUAAGCCGAGAGUAACGCAGGUAACGCGUGUGCUUGUGCUCGUGCCCACCAGAGAGCUGGGCAUCCAGGUGCACACUGUGGCACGUCAGCUGGCGCAGUUCACCAGCAUCACCACCUGUCUGGCUGUUGGUGGCUUGGAUCUGAAGUCUCAAGAGGCAGCGCUGAGGUUGGGGCCUGACGUGCUGAUUGCCACACCAGGACGCUUGAUAGAUCACUUACACAACACCCCAUCUUUUGAACUCAGUCAAAUCGAGGUGCUUAUUCUGGACGAGGCUGACAGGAUGCUAGAUGAAUAUUUCGAGGAGCAGAUGAAGGAGAUUAUCCGCAUGUGCUCCUAUCAAAGACAGACUAUGCUGUUCUCUGCCACCAUGAGUGAAGAGGUAAAGGACCUGGCCUCAGUGUCACUAAAGCAGCCAGUGCGAAUCUUUGUGAACAGUAACACCGAUGUGGCUCCAUACCUCAGACAAGAAUUUGUAAGAAUUCGACCAGCCCGAGAAGGAGACAGAGAGGCUAUAGUAGCAGCGCUCCUCACGCGAACGUUUCAGGACCAUGUGAUGUUGUUCACCCAGACCAAGAAGCAGGCCCACCGCAUGCACAUCCUUCUCGGGCUCAUGGGGUUAAAGGUUGGAGAGCUCCAUGGCAACCUGUCUCAGACACAAAGAUUGGAAAGUCUGAGACGAUUUAAAGAUGAGCAGAUUGAUAUCCUGGUGGCCACAGAUGUAGCAGCCAGAGGUCUGGAUAUUGAGGGAGUCAAAACAGUUAUAAACUUCACCAUGCCGAACACACUGAAGCAUUACGUGCACAGAGUGGGUCGCACAGCACGAGCUGGAAAAGUGGGUCGUUCUGUGUCACUGGUGGGGGAAACCGAAAGAAAGAUGCUGAAAGAGAUUGUGAAAAAAGCCCAAGCUCCUGUAAAAGCUCGUGUUAUUCCUCAAGAGGUGAUCCUAAAGUUUAGAGAUCUGAUUGAGAAGUUGGAGAAGGAUGUAUAUGCUGUCUUGCGUUUGGAGAAAGAAGAGAAAGCGAUGGUGCACUCAGAAGCACAGAUUAAUGCAGCUCAGAAGAAACUAACACAGAAACCUGAAGAGAAUCAGCCAGCAAGGUCAUGGUUCCAAACCCAUGACGAAAGGAAGAAGGAGCGAAUGAACAAAGCACUUCAGGACUUUGACUUGGCUCUGAGGGGGAAGAAGAAGCGUGCUCAAUUCUUAAAAGAUGGCAAGAAGAAAGUGCUGUCGCCUGAAGAAAGAGCUCAGUUUGAAAUCCUUAAGUCUCAGAUGUAUGCAGAACGGUCUGCAAAACGUGACCGAAAGCCAAAGCGUGCCAGAGUUGUGCCAGAAGAUGAACCCAAAAACAUAGCCUCAAAGCAAAAAGGUGGAAAACCUACAAAGAAGUCUGUAUUUGACAAGGAGCUCACCAAUGUCAGCAAAAAAGUCCUGAAGCAAUACAGAUCUGGGCCUUCAUUUGAGGAUAGAAAAAGAUUAGGCCUUUCCCAUAAAAAAGGUGGACGCUUUAACUCCAAAGCCAAGUUCAGGAGGAAGUGAAGUCUCAAAUAUAGUGGAAAACCUGUUUCUCUCUGGUCCUGUUCAAGUUUUUUUUAAACCCAUCUAAGAAAAUGUUGUUUUCUUUGGACACAGCACCGGCAGGGCAGUUUUGUACUCCUUGUAUUUCACAACUCAUUUCUGCUAUGUUAGGGACAUUUAUUAAAGCUGAUUGGUUUGUGUGAUACAAUAACUUAUAUUUUGGGUUGCAUUAUUCAUCUUAUUUGUUGUAUAAACCAUGGAAAACUACAACCUAGUUGCAGUCUUAAUGUAUGUCUCCAACAUCUCAUUGUUGACGUUAUUGUUUUACAUUUUUUGUUUGCAAUCAGUAAAUGAUUUUUGCAUAAAUUGGCACAUUGCCUAAUAACAAAGAUAUACCCUUGUAUUAAAAUGUUGUAUCUAAUCUUCACUGACUAAGAAACCAUUUCCGGUAGAUGAUAGCCUUCCACCUAAAUAGUAAACUGACACUGGGGAAACAAAGACUGACAUUGGUCAUCAUUUGGUGCCAACAAUAUAAUUUUGUCUAUUUAUCCAACAUUGACCGACCAAGGCCAUCAGAUCUUAAUCCACUUUCUCAUCCACUCUGCCAGUACUGGCACAACCUUGUCUGAAUUGUUAUUAAUAGUAUGCUUUUACCAGUGUUAAACCAGCUCUGAUAUGGAUAGCUAACAUACUGAAGACACCAAAAAUGGCUGUUCAUUGAGUUAUUUUGGUACCUGGGUGGAGAAAAACAAUUUAUUUUAUGAAGAUACAGAAAGUUGUGCAGGAAGAAGCCUUGCCAUUUCUUCUUUUUUUCAUAAAGCAGUAAAAGUUGAAGCACGAAGUUAAUGAAUUUCAAGUAGACCUUACAAAUAUACCCAUGAAUCAGUAAAUAAUAAAGG